AUGAAGGUGUGGGAAGUGUUGCAAGCUCAACAUAACAAAACUGAACAUGUGGAGCUGCUUGGUGUGAUCCAGCUAAUUGCCUCCUGGUUUGGGGAAGACCUCAGUGAACUUGUGCAGAAGAGAGAUGCAUGCUUGACUCCGACGGAGAUAGAGGAACUUGGUGAUGUGCCCCUGUCACCAUGCAUAAUUGCAGCAGGUGAUGACUUGUGGAACCCAGAGGAGUACCUCGUUCUUGUGGAUCACCAUGUGUUGGGAGCGUCUGGAGACUUUACUACAGCAUUCUGCAUGUUAUUUGCAAGUUAUUUUUGCUUUCAUGUGUGCUAUGCUGAAGGAGUGGAGUCAACGCUGGAAUUUAUUCAAAGGGCACUUUUUGGCAUCAAUCCAGACCAUGGCAGCAAGGGGAACAAGAAAACAAAGAAAGUCAACCGCAAAGUCCUCAGUCUGACUAAGAAAAUAAUGGAAUGUGAGUGGAAUGUUUAGAUUUUGAAAGACAGACAAAAGCACAAGUUUGAUAUCUCUUGCAAAGGGAAUGUGAUAUUUAUUUUUGCCUGGAAUGCACAGGGGUGUGGCACAAGUGCGAUGAAGGCAUCACAAAAGGACUGUGAUAUUUUUUUGCGCCUGGAACGAAUAGGUGCGGAG